AUGACAGUUUGGCACGAAAUGACGAAAGUGGGCGACCAGCGCGCAUUUGUCGUCAGAGAUUUUGCACGAAGUCGCUUGACGGGUUACAUGCUGAUGUUCGUGCCAUCGUCGUCCCGACUGGCAUUGCCGACAGAUGAGCCCCACCUAGCCGCGGUGCAGGGCUACUCCCCAGAGUACCUCAAGUUCCUCAUCCGAAGCGCCACCUCUCAGGCCAUCACUGCGCUGAGCGCUGGUAACCUGCUCUUCGCCUCGCGCAUUUUCGCGACUUUCGUUACGCUUUACCCGUCUCACGCGGAACCGAUGUCGCUGUAUAGCCCUUUGGAAAAGCAGCAAGCUCUCAAGGUUCUGGUGGAUAAGAACCUCACCAUCACGCACACCAUCACCGCCAUCUCCAUUGCAAAGGACUCCACCGUCGGGCCCGCUUCCGGGAAUGGUGCGCAAUCGGGACCGUCCAAUGACAUCAAGGAGAUUUACUGCGAGGGGUCGUACACGCUGAUCGACCGUGCGACACAGACGAUCAAGGCCAAGGGGAACUAUAUUGCCACGUGGACGCCAUCGUCUCCGUUCGUUGGCGAUCUGAAGAACGACAUUGAUUACGUUGGUCUGAGCCGGCUUAUGUGGACCAAGUAUUAA